GCGAGCCCGGCUCGCACCGCAGCCAGCUGACGGCGGUCCUGAGGUGCUGCGGGCCGUGCUGGGGCUGUCUCUGCCCGAGAGCGGCUCCAGCGGAAGGCAGGGUGGAUCAGUGGGGUCUGAAGAGGAAAGGCUGGAGGGGCUGUGUGUUCGGCCUCGAGAGGCGAUGGCGGGGAGCGGACCGUACCACUGUGUAUGAAUGGCUGCAGGGCUGUGGGAGCAUGGAGCCCGGCCCUGCUCGGUGGGGCCGGGCAGCAGGACACGAGGCAGCGGGCACAGACCGAACACCAGGAAGAACAGGUUGUGCAGAGAGGAUGUGGAGUCUCCCUCACUGGAGAUGCUCAGGAACAGGCUCUGUCUUCUGGAAGGCUGUCAGGAGCAACUAAACUAACAAAUGGAAGAAAUCAGUUUGGCUUAAAGAAAGGAUGCCAUUCUGGUGUAAAAUUCUGUUCUACUGAGUCUGCCAAUCAGGUUGAUACUGUUCAUCAUGGACUUGACCAUUGUGCAGCUUUACUGAAGACCAUCUUACAAAAGGAAGCUACAGGAAGGGAGGCUGUCCAUAAACAACCUGGGAAAACAACUACCUUUAAAUGUACUUCCAAGCCUUUGCUAACCAAAGGAAAUACUUCCAAGAAGAAAGGGUUAAAAAGAAUCAAUACUCCUUCCCCUGUCCAAAAAGAAAUUGUGCCAAUAUCAAAUAGAAAAGUUGCCUCAUCUACCACACCUGCUGAGAAGGAGCUUUCCAGUGCAGCACAGACUCAGAUGGUUCAGUCAAAUCAUGUGCCUUGCAGUGACCACUCUCCUGGGGCAUAUCAGAAACUGUAUGAACAUGUGCAAACUCAGAUGUCUCUGAUAACUGGCCAACCCCCACAGAAGAGUGAUGAAAUUCCCACUGUAACUCCUUCUCCUACCUCAAACCAGGGAUAUCAAAAUGUUACAGCUUUGAAUUAUCAUUUACCUACCUCCACAUCAACACUCUCCCUGCAGCAUUCAGCUCAUUCCUUAUCUACUCAGUCAGGAGUUCCUGUAGACAGUGCCAAUGAAUGUGUGCCAGAGAUGGGAGGACCUGUGGUUUGCCCAGUGGUUUCUGCUGCUCCUGCUGCUGCUGCACAAACACAGUCUGGAACUGCUGUUGCUGGUGUGAUCCCCUGCUCAGCACCAGGAGCAUUAACCCCUUCAGUGCCUGCAUUGGUGCCAACACCUUGUGCCAGAGAGGUGGCCCCAGGCCAGGAGCAGCAGGUAAAAGAAGCAGAUUUGAUGAGGUGCAUACAGGCCCUGUUACAAUCCCAUGAGGUGCUGAAUGGCAGGACUGAGCAGAGGGGCCAUCAUCACUGUCCAGCAAAGCAUGAUGGCUCAUGUGACACAGAGGAGGACAGUCCUGAGGAGCACAGUGAGGACCUGGUCAGUGAAGAAGAUGAAUUGGAUGUACUUGACAUGUCUCCAGUGAAAGAUACCAGCUGCAAGACCAGUUGUGUGAAGAAAGUUCUAAAAUCUAGAAAAGAAAGUCCAGAAGAAACAGCCCAUAAAGUUAGGACUGUAAAGUAUCUUCUGGGUGAGCUCAGAGCACUGGUAACAGAUCAAGGUGACUCAGAAGUGCUGAGGUUGAUGAGUGAAGUGGAGGACUCUGUCUCCCUGCUCCCAGCUGUGGUGGGAAGCAGGAAUCUCCAGGCUGAAAUAGCUCUGGCUCUGCAGCCCCUGCGCAGUGAGAACGCGCAGCUGCGCAGGAGACUAAGAAUAUUAAACCAGCAACUUAGAGAACAAGAAAGCAGUGAGAAGACAUCUGGACAGAGCUGCAGCUAUGAAUUGGUUUCUUUGCAGUCCUUGAAUAUGAUGCUCCAGAGUCAAUUGAAAGAAUCACAGAAAGGCCUUGAUUCACUGCAGACUAAAAAUGAAGAACUACUGAAAAUAAUAGAAAGUCAGAAAGAAGAAAAUAAGCAUCUUGCAAAAGGUAUUCAAGAUAAAGAAGAAGAAUUGCUAGAAAACAAACAGCAUUAUGACAUUCAUUCCACCAAGCUCAAGAUUGAAGUGGAAGAGGCAUUAGGAACUGUGAAGAGCCUUCAGUUUAAGCUGGAAGCUGCAGAGAAAGAAAAUAAGAUUUUGGGCAUAACAUUACGUCAGCGUGAUGCUGAAGUUAAGAGACUGAGGGAAUUAACCAGAACCUUGCAGGGCAGCAUGGCCAAGCUUCUGUCUGACCUCACAGGGGACAGUGUUAGACCCAAACCUGAGAAAUUUCUCUCAAAGUCUCGUUUGGAAGACCAUGAAAAGCAGAUGCAACCUGAGCUCUUUCCUGGGAGUACUUCAGUAAUGACUUACCUUAAAACAUUAGAAAUGGAUCAUAUUUUGAUAGAUCCGGACCUUCAGUUCCCAAAUAAAACUGGAGAAGUAGAAAUGAAAAGUCUGUCCUAUGACAAGUUUGCUGCUGAAGGAAGUAAAAUUAACAGUACAUUCACAGAAGAACAAGCAGCAGCUCCCAGAGGACCACCAGCUCCAUUGAAGCAAGAUGCAGAAACAGGGAGUGAUUCUGGAACUUUACUAGAUGACCAAACCAAGCUGGAUGAAACAAUUUAUAUUCCACUGACCAGCAGUGCCUCUAAAAAACAGCAGCCAGUCUCUGGAAGAAGUGGUGUGCCACCCCACAGCAGAGGGGCUUGUCAGAGGCUGGAUUACCACUGUGAGCUCCCAGGCUCUGUGCAGCACUAUGGAUGUGAGGAUCCAACUCUAGGGGAUACAUUAAAUGCUGGGUACAGUGUGAAAAAGACUGUGGAAAGCACUCCUGAAGUUACAGGGGGUAAAGCAAAGCCAGAAGGAGACCAAGUCCAGGUGAGACCAAGAGGCAUUCCAGGUGGGGCUGCAAAAGAUGUCAUGGAUAAAGCAGAGCAGCCUCAGCCUGGUCCAUACCCUUGUGCAUCAGUGCCAUUUCCAGCAGGGGUUUCUCAGAAGACAGGCAGUGAAGCAGCUGAUUUUAGCUGCAUUUCAUUUGAUGAUUUCUCAGGGAGGUCUGACUGGAGUGCAUCUUCUUUCUCAACAUUUACAUCUCGAGAUGAAGAGGACUUUAAAAAUAGCUUAGCAGCCCUGGAUGCCAACAUAGCCAGAUUACAAAGGACUCUGCAAAGUAACAUGAGAAAGCAAUGAGUAUGAGAAAGCAAAAUGGGCUGCAGCUAUUUGGAUAAAUUAAGUUUUUCUGAAGUAUAUUAAGUAUGGUACUGAUAUGUAUAUUUGUAUGUAACAGCUUGUUCCUAGCUGUCUCAAUUAUGGAUAGAAUUUGUUCCUCAUUAGGCUGUGGUGCUAUUCCCCUUGAUGUGUUCAACUUGAAAUAACUGGCUUUUUAUAUAAAAUAUAAAUGGCUUUUUAAAUUAUUUUAUACUCUUGACUUGCAAAAUUAAAUGC